GUAUGGUAAUGUAUUUCACGUUCGUAACGUUAGAUGCGAUAUAUAAAAGCACAUUAUCUCAAAUCUCUUUUGUUGGAUAUCUGUCUCGGCUUAUCGGAGAACGACAUACGACAAGAGGAUUAAUUGAAUGUGGCUUUGUAUAAAGCUGAGAACAGGAAGAAAUUGAUGAAGAAACUAUAUAGCCUGGCUCGGCACGUCCUUGACCUACACGGCAUAGCUGUGUAUCUUACAAAAGCAAGAUUGGAUAAUGUACAGUGUCUAUCUCCUUUUAUUUAUUUUGGCAAUACGGACAGAUGGAUUUACCGUGCACGACAAGCAAUGCGAUUAUACUUUUGAGCAAAAAUGCCAUGAAAAUAUAAAUAAUUACAAUUACAAUGUAAUUAGUUAUGAUUCUUCAGCUCUUAGAUAUUGUUCUAUCAAAGAUAUUUCUACUGAGUUCAAUUUCUCUGUAAUAUCUGAUAAAAAUGAGAAAGGAGAAUUUGCAAAUCUUACGAUUAAUUUUGAGGCUCCAACAAUAGAAUGUAAAUAUAAAGUUACUUUAUUGGUUGAACCAUCCAUCAAAGAUGAAAGAGAAUGUUUACAGUAUAAUUUUGAAGAAGUUGAAGACAUUACCGCAAAUAUACACAGUGUAGAGAAAUCAUUGUGUUUCAUGACAAAUAGUUCCAACCAAUUUGUAAGAUACAAUAAUAACUCCAUGAUAUCCUCAUGCAAGGAUAAUAUUUCGAUGAGCUACUAUUAUAUCUUCACAGGAUGCUAUGCACUUAGGUUUCAUAUUGAUAAACAAAAGUAUAUAAUAAGAGGCAAUCAUUUUUUAAAUACCAGAUACAAACGUACGGAAAUUAUAGCACCAGACUACACUUGUAAAUAUGAUAUGCAUCCUAUCUAUGAUCCUAUCUAUGAUGAAAGAUACGAAAUAAACUUAACACUGGAUGCUUCACUAUCAGUAGAUACAGGAGUAUUACUUAAACUAAAGUUAAUACCACACCUUGAUAAAACUACUCCUUGCUCUUGGAAUGGAGUAACCAGCAUUGAUACAUGGAGUAUUAUUUUGGAGAACUCUACAGGAGAUGAAAAUCCUAAUUGCAAGAUAAAUAGGGUAUGGGAAAACAAGAAAUACACAAAGACUGUGCAGUGCAAUUAUCAAGUACAAACUACGCUACAACCAGGUUAUUGCCUUAUAUUGUUCAUACUCGACGAACGGUGCGAAAAAGAUACCAUCUGGAGGCCACCUAUGAAUAAAAACAUACCGUGCGCUUGGCUGAAGCGUUGUACCAAAGUUGUCGAAACCUCGCAACAUAUUGAGAACAUAACAAUGUCAAGCAAAUUGCUACCUGCUACAAGCCCAUAUAUAUUGUUUCCGAUCAUCGUCAUCAUAUUGGUGGUAUUGGCGAUAGUUGGAACAUUAUAUUUCAUGCAUCAUUUUCGUAUUCGCAACGAGUGUGUCAAUCUGUACGUGAAUCCGCAACAGGACGACUUCACGAAUCCUACCUGCCUUAAAUCCACCGACUUCAACAUCGUCGAGACAAACAACAGCAAUAAAGAUAUCGAUCGCGAUAAACUUACGUACAACGACAUUGUGCUUGUAUACACCAAAGGUUCUGCCUCUUUUAUAGCGAUGAUGAAGGACUUCCGUGAGAUGCUUACCAAAAUGUGUUCCUGUACUGUGCAUGAUUGGCAUGAUGGUGCUGAGUGGAAUGAUGUAGCUAGAGUCGGUGCUGUUUUAUGGUUCACCGAUUUACUUAACAGCGGAUGUCGCGUUGUUUGGAUAGAUACGCCGGCCACAAGAUCCGUAGUGAUAUCAAACUCGAGGGAGAGCGACACGAAUCUGAAUAAACUCAGCAAAUAUUACGAGAUAGGCGAUUUCCGCGACGUGGCAUUUCCCGUUGUACUUGAAUUGGCAAAACGUAAUACGAAGGAUCUCGUGUUUCAGUAUCGCAAACACUUUGUCGUGAGAUUCGAAGGCUUGGCAAGUUCGGAAAACGUAAACGAUCCGUUUCUAGAUCUUUCCCCGCAUACACGUUACCUCAUGCCGCAGCAUUUCGCGCAGUUGUGCACAGAUUUGUCGACGAUAAAACCAGCAGACUCGAAGUGCGAGAUGAAGGCGGAGGAAGAUCUCUUGCAGCAACGUCUGAAAUUCAUGAGGAUGGAGUCAAUAAUGUGAAACGUCGACUGAUCAUGUUCUCACAAGGACGUCAGCAUUAUCAACGUCACAGCUGGCCGACAUAAUGAUACUUCAUUCGCAUUUUCGACGCGAAACGCCUGCGGAAGCAAAAAUUUCAUCGAAGAUACUACCUCAAACUCGAACAUUGUUCGCUCACGAUGUAUGCACUGUGAUGUUUUUAUUCGCAACGCGUACAGUGUGUGCAUACGUGUGUUUAAAUUUUCUUUUUUUCUUUUUUUUUUUUUUUUUUUUU